AGACACUUGCAGCAGUCAGGUCCUGCAGCCUGUCUGGGCCACCAUGGGGCUGCCUCAGUGUCCCCCCUGGAAGCCCCCAGGGGGCCAGGAUGGCAGCCUUCCAAUGGUUGGGGCUGGGCAGGAAGCAGAGCCCAGUCCAGUGGCACUGGGCACCUGGCCAGCCUUGGUCACUGCUAGCGAGGGCUGCCCACAGUACACAUAGCUGUACUGCCCACCCUGCCUGCCCUGCUUGCCUGCCGGUCACUUCCCUACAGGACAGCGAGCUGAGAGGCUAAAGAAAUAAAGAACGAGAGACCUGAGGUGUCCGGGUGGAGAACUAUAAAAUCAAAGAGGUGCUCAAUAUGUUAUGACAUAAUUAAGAUCUCAAUUUUCAUUAAAAAAGAAGUGUUUUAAACCCUUGUGACUGCAGUGGGAAAGUUUAAAAUAAACAAACAGGAAUAAAGCAGAGAGACAUGGCAUGCAUGUGGCUUUCAACAGUUGCUGGAGGAAUACUGACACUGUUUGUUUCUCUGAAGAUUUUUUUUCCAUAUUUCUGGGAGGAUCUGGUCUUCUUCUUGAAGCGGAAGAGGUUAAAAUCAAUGAUAAAGAAACGGGCCAAAAAUGGAAUUCUCACCAUAAUUGAUCUUUUCACACACAGAGUGGGAAAGAUACCCCACAAGCCAUUCCUCAUCUAUGAAGGGAAUGUGCAUACCUAUGAGGAUGUGGACAGGAGGAGUAACAGGGUAGCCCAGGUCUUCCUACAAUAUGGGGCUUUGAAAAAAGGCGAUACUGUGGCCCUGCUGAUGUGUAAUGGACCUGACUUCAUUCAUGUGUGGUUUGGACUGGCAAAACUGGGCUGUGUGGUGGCUUUCCUCAACUUCAAUGUCCGCUCCAGAUCUCUCCUGCACUGUUGUAAUACAUGUGCAGCAAAAGCAGUGGUGAUAGGAGAAGAUUGUUUGGGAUCAAUAGAGACUGAGUUUAUUUUUCAUCUCUUGGAAAACAAUAUUACUGUCUGGCUAAUGAGCACCAGUUCUCCUUUCCCUCGUGUUGGCACUAUACUGGACAAGCUAGACAAAGUCCCUGAUCACCCUGUUUCGUCUCACCUUAGAGCUGCCAAUAAUGGAAAAUGCACAGCCAUGUAUAUCUUCACAUCGGGAAGUACAGGUUUCCCAAAAGCUGCUAUCAUCACUCAUCUAAGAGCCCUAUCUGCCUGCUUAGCAUUUAUUCAGUGUGGAGCAACUUCUCAGGAUAUUAUGUAUCUCACUCUUCCUUUGUACCACAUCAGUGCUUCUCUUCUUGGCAUUGGUGGAUGCAUUGAAUUAGGUGCAACUUGUGUUUUGAAGAAGAAAUUUUCUGCAAGCCAGUUUUGGAAUGACUGUAGAAAAUACAAUGUGACAAUGUUUUUGUACAUUGGGGAGCUCUGUCGCUACCUUUGUAACCAGCCCAGGGUAAAUUCUCCUUUACAAAAAGAAGGGGACAGAGUUCACAAAGUACGCAUUGCUCUAGGAAAUGGUAUAAGACCUGCUGUCUGGAAAGAAUUCCUGAUGAGGUUUGGCCCAAUUAAAAUAUUUGAAUUCUAUGGAUCCACAGAAGGAAAUGUUGGUUUCUUUAACUACACAAAUAAGAUAGGAGCUGUGGGACGUGCUGGCAUCUUCUCAAAGUUCCUACACUCUUUUGAGUUGUUGAAAUAUGAUAUCUCAAAAGAAGAACUUAUGAAGGACAAGCAUGGAAGGUGUAAGAAAGCACAAAUAGGUGAACCUGGUCUUCUGGUUACUCAAGUUACUCGGGAAGCCCCAUUUUCUGGAUAUGUUGGAAACAAUGAGGCCUCUGAGAAGAAACUCCUACGUAACGUGUUUGUGAAAGGAGAUGUAUAUUUUAAUACAGGAGAUCUCCUAGUGAUGGAUGACAAUGGCUUCCUCUAUUUCACUGACCGAGUGGGAGACACUUUCAGGUGGAAAGGAGAAAAUGUUGCCACUGUAGAAGUUGCUGAAAUUAUCACUAUGAUGGACUUCAUUCAAGAAGCUAAUGUUUACGGUGUAAACGUUAAAAACUGUGAAGGAAGAAUAGGGAUGGCAGCUGUUGUGCUUAAACCCAACCAAGCCUUUGAUGGAGAAAGACUUUAUAAGCAUCUUGUGGACUUUCUUCCAAGUUAUGCCCGCCCACGCUUUGUGAGAAUCAUGGAUGCUAUGCAAAUUACACCAACUUUCAAGCAUCAGAAAAUGCAUUUGGUGGAUGAAGGAUUUAAUCCAGAAAUUAUAUCUGAACCUUUGUAUUUCUUGCAUGAACCUUCAUGUUCCUAUGUUCCUUUGACAAGAGAGAUAUACAAAAAUGUGGCUUCUGGUGAAAUAUGUUUGUAAAGUAUAAAAAUAAAAAUGUUCUACAAUAUAGAAAGCAAAUUUUAAACAUACUACUGCAAUAAUUUCAAGAAAAAUCUAUACACAAUGUUUGUUCUAAAACCAUAAAAUGAUCAAGUUAGUCUUUCUGUGAUAGUUUGCUCCUUCAUAAUACCGACCCACAAGUUAUUUGCAUCAUUUAAGCUGCAUUGAAUCUGUUCAUGUUGCUUCCAAUGGCUGCACAUAGAAAUUUUUAUUUUACACAUCUUGUUGAUUAAAAUUAUUUUUGUCUAAGACAUCAGUAUCUUAAUUUAUUUGAAUGUUUUACUGCUUUAGAUCAUGAUAUUGAUUCUGCUUUUAGAAAGCAGAAAAUAUUAGAUGUCAAAGAAAUUAAUAAAAUACAGAAUGCGCACCAACAAAAUACUUCACAGGUACUACA